GAACAAAUAAUUUAAAUACUAGCCCUUUCCUCCCAUUAUUGGCAACCAUGGCCAAGGAUACAGAGGUGCCACUUCUGACACCAAUAGGAAAUUGCAACGAAUAUGAUGAGUUGCACAGCCCAAUACUGAAACCUUCAAAUUGGUCUUUUACUAAUUCUUCAUUCAAAGCUGAUGAAAAUGAUACCCAACAAAUCCGUGGAGUGAAAGAUUUAAUCCGAGAGUUUUCAGUAGAAUCCAAGAAACUAUGGUACCUUGCUGCUCCAGCCAUUUUCACUUCUGUUUGCCAAUACUCCAUCGGUGCCGUAACUCAAGUAUUUGCUGGUCAUGUUGGUACCAUUCAACUAGCGGCCGUCUCCAUCGAAAACUCUGUUAUUGCUGGUUUUGCUUUUGGUAUCAUGUUGGGCAUGGGAAGUGCAUUGGAGACACUAUGUGGACAAGCAUUUGGAGCAAAACAACUUGAAAUGCUAGGAACUUACAUGCAACGAUCAUGGGUAAUCCUCACUACCACAGCCCUGGUUCUAAUAUUUCCUUACAUUUUCGCCACCCCACUUCUCAAAUUCAUCGGUCAAACGCCAGAUAUAUCGAAAUGGGCAGGUAUGUUUGCUGUGUGGAUGAUUCCACAGUUGUUCGCCUAUGCACUGAACUUUCCGAUACAAAAAUUCUUGCAAGCUCAAAGCAAGAUCAUGGUGAUGGCGGCCAUAGCAGCCGUUGGUCUAAUCGGACACACAUUGUUCAGUUGGCUGUUGAUGCUCAAGUUAGGGUGGGGACUGGUGGGUGGUGCGGUGGUUCUGAAUGGGUCGUGGUGGUUCAUAGCGGUGGCUCAGCUGGUGUAUAUUUUCAGUGGGACUUGUGGACAAGCUUGGUCUGGAUUUUCUUUAAAGGCUUUUCAAAAUCUUUGGGAUUUUGUUAAAUUAUCUUUUGCAUCGGCUGUCAUGCUCUGCUUGGAGAUGUGGUACUUUAUGGCACUAAUUCUCGUUGCUGGAUACCUCAAGAAUGCUGAAGUAGCUGUGGAUGCAAUCUCUAUUUGGUGAGUUCACAAUUUUCUAUGUGAUGUUGACAUAGUUUUAUUCAAUUUGGCACGAAUCGUUAUGGGAAGAUGACCAACUCUUCGUACUGUGGACCAAAAGCUGAUGCGAAAUUUUCAUAUUGAAUUAAUCUAUUUACCAUAUUAGCACUAAUAAGUAGUGGUACCAGUUGACUAAGGAAUU